AUGUCCACAACUCUACUCGUAACGGAAGAAGAAAAAGAAGUCAUCUCAGUAUCCAGUGAGGCGUUAUUACAUUUGGCAGCACGUCUAAAUGGAGCCGUCUUCUCUCCUCACUCUAUCCCCACAACAACGGGAACAGUCAAUACUACUACUAUUACUAGACCGCCGACCACUACUACUACUAAUAUCAAUACUAGUAAUAUCAAUACUAGUACUAAUACUAGUAAUAUGAAUAUUUCUAAUCCACCGUUUGUGACUAUAGAAGAUGGUGUUGGUUUUGUAGAAUUACUCUCUGAGGUGGUGGUUCAUUACGCCACUGCCCUCAAACCCACAAGUGAGACUCCACAACAUUUACAACCCUCCUUAUAUAGAGAAGAAAUAUCUUAUUCUCAUUCUCAUCAUCAUUCGACUAACACAACAGUAGAGAUGAGAAGAUCAUUACGAAUGAAACGAAUGGCACUUCGUUAUUUACUCUUUGAAGUACAACCGGAUCUCAUGGCAACCGUAUUAUCAAUUCUACACGCACCUCACAUAAUGGAGGAGGAAGAUGAGAUGUGUCGUCUCUUUUGUAGAGUUCUCGCCUUUUUACAGGGAGUGGUACUUUCCUGCUGUAUUCCAAGUGAAGAGACAUUUGAAUCUACACAACAACAACGAAAACAAAAAGAAGAAGAAGUAGAAAAAGGAGAAGAAAUGAGAGAUGUGGGAUUACCGAUGGAAGCAAUUGAAUUAGCGGCGACUACGACGGAUUUAUUAGAUCGUUUAGGUGCUGUACAUAUAAUAACAGGAUUGUUAUUUGAUGAAUAUCCCACAACGGUGCGAUUGGCAGCUGUACAAUUAUUAUUUGUAUUGUUAUUACGUGAUGGUGGGGCAGUCGCCCAGACGAGGAAUCCAUAUGUACGAGACUCUCUCACUACUGCAGAGCAUUUAUCAAUUCUUCUCUCUGUACUCUCAACAACACCCUCCUCUUCCUCUUCCUCCGUCUUCUUCUCUUCAUCUUCACAAUCACCAUUAUCCUUCUCUCCAGCAACUGGAUCUACAUCUUGUAUAAUGAUGAUGGAUAAACUGGUAUCAUUGCGGUUACAUGCGGCAGCGUGUUUACGUGAAUUGGCGAAUACACAUUUUAUUCCACUCGCCCAACCAGAAGUAUUGGAUGUUUUUCGAUGUAUUGCGGAUACGGAUGUGAAUGGAGAUCUGCGGGCUUUAUGUAUAGAAUCUCUUCAUGUUAUUUUACAACGUAAUACCUCUAUUGCAUGUUGGGCAAACAUUCCAUUUAAAAAGGAACUUGUAGCCUUUUGUAGUAGACAAUUAGAACGGGAAAGUCAUCCUGAUGCCCUAAGAGCUACUAUGUGUCUUGUGGAAACACUUAUUGUAAAAGAUGCGAUUUUAACUUCCAUUCUUGUUCAAACUGGUAAUAAAGAUCGUGUUGGUAGGAUGUUUAAUAAUAAUAAUAAUAAUAAUAAUAAUAAUAAU